AUGUCGCCCCCUGGCUCUGUGACCAUUAUGAAGUUUGUUGUGAUUCUAUGUUGUCUAGGCCUUGUAUUUGCCGAUUCCGAACCACAGAGGGAAUACAUUUUAUUUGAGAAAGUUGAUCAUGACUUAAGUGGCUGUCUUGACCGCAGUGAAGUUGACAAUAUUUUCCUAGCCUUUGAUGUAGAUCAUAACCAGGAAGUAACCCGACUAGAGUUCGAAAACGAUUGGGUCACUGCAUACCAUCUCGGUAACGCUCGAGAAGCCAACCUUCUCUUUACCAAGGCGGACACCAACGGAGACGGCCAUCUGACUCACGCAGACAUGCCUCUCAUUUAUACCUACUUCGACAUGAACAAUGACGGAUGUGUAGACAUGAACGAGUUUCUUACACAGUGGGGAGAUCUGAAGCUAGCACCUGUCGAUGUCGACAUCAUUGAUGCCGGGGAUACAAGCUCUGUGGCUCCACCGACGACGCAUGCCAAUAAUGGACACCAUGGGCGUUAACAUUGAAACCUGUAAUUUAUGAUUAAAUUCAUUUU